CUGAUCGUGGACGGUGGGGCGGCAUCAACUUUAGAGCAAGGCAUUUCUGUUACCUCGGUAAACCUUGAGGGGGCUUUUAGCAUUUGUUCAGUCUGCAGAGUCUGGAAAACAUCUGAUUCGUUUUAUAACCAGACCCAGAUGCGGUAGUGCAUGUGUGCAAGAGAGUGUGUAUGCCCGCAUUUGUGUUUGUCAGCCUACACGAGAAUUUGAGGAGAAUAUCUGAGUCGAGCUAAAGGGAAAGGGACAAUCGCUUGGAUUUUGAGAUUCUAACCGUUUUUAGGAAUGAACGCAGAUACGUGCGUCUCAUAUUGCGAUAUGACAUCCAUGGAUUCAUAUUAUAACUCAUCUACUGCCCAAGGUAGAGAUCAUCAGGCAAACCCGUUUAGGACAUUCCAAACGAGUGAAACAAAAUACAGCCCGACUUUCAUACCGGGCAAAGGACAGAGUUACGGUGAGAAGUCUCGUAGUCCCUUUGAACAGGAGUGCCAGUCAUUGGAUGGCGCUGCUGAGGAGAGCACCUUCAACAAAUACCACCUCUUCAUGCAGCGACCUUCAAGCAAAACUCCCCCCGAAGGCAACAAACUACACCAAGAAAGCGGACACAACGGAGCGCUCAUCCCUUGCUAUGCCAAAGACAAUAGUGGGCUGACCGAGUCCGACUUGACCCCCAACGCCAAUGGUCAAGGGAUGGAGGGCAGCUACCUGAACCUGAAGGAGCCGGGUGUGAAGGGGCCGUCUGACCGGCCGGGGUCCGACCUCUCCAGCCCUCUGGAUAAGAGCGAGGCAGAGAGCAACAAAGGCAAGAAGCGACGGAACCGCACCACCUUCACGUCCUACCAACUGGAGGAGCUGGAAAAGGUGUUCCAGAAGACGCACUACCCCGACGUGUACGCCCGCGAGCAGCUGGCCCUCCGGACGGAUCUGACCGAGGCCCGCGUUCAGGUGUGGUUCCAGAACCGCCGGGCCAAGUGGAGGAAGAGGGAGCGCUUUGGGCAGAUGCAGCAGGUCCGGACUCACUUCUCCACGGCGUACGAGCUGCCCCUCCUCACCCGCCCAGAGAACUACGCUCAGGUACAGAUGAGGGAUCAGAACUAUGACUGGAUCCAGAACCCGUCAUGGAUUGGAGGUGGCAGCGGGGCGUCGCCCGUGCCAGGCUGUGUGGUGCCCUGUGACUCCGUCGCUUCCUGCAUGCCCCCUCACCCCCACGCCACCGGAGGGGUCUCUGACUUCCUGGGCGUGCCCAGCCCUGGGGGAAGUCACAUGGGACAGACACACAUGGGCAGCCUGUUCGGGGGUCCUGGCAUGGGCGGCGGCAUCAACGGGUACGACCUCAACGUGGACCCUGACCGCAAGUCGUCCAGCAUCGCCACACUGCGUAUGAAGGCUAAGGAACACAGUGCGGCUAUUUCCUGGGCCACAUGAUGCCCCGCCCCAGGCCACGCCCCCCUGACCUGGGCCCCGCCCCUCCCCCGGAGUAGCCCUGCCCAGCACUGCAGUGGAGGAGGAGGAGGAGGAGGAGGGGGAUGGGAUUAUGUUUGGUCUGAUAGAACUCAUGAUAACACAGGUCAAAUGAACUGGGAGACACAGUGAUAACGGCAGCCAUUACAGCCAAGAUAACAUCCGUGACUAUGACAAUCAGCAGACACCAAGGAGAAGAGAGACAGAAAGGGGAGGGAGAGAAGAAGAAGAAGGAGGGCAGGGGGAAGUGGUGUUACUCCUCAAUCUCAAGAAGGAAUGUGGUGAAAUAGGUGAGGAAGAAUGGAGAAACCAGCUCGGGGAAAUAACACAGCUUGACUGUUCUGGAUAGGCAACUGUUAAGCUAAUAGGUCAGGAAAACGUGAAGUUAUUUUAAGUUAAAUGCAAUAAUCAUGUUGAAGUCACCAGCCAUAAAAGCAUACUUGCAGGAACUAUACAUUUCCUAUUUCACAACAUCCAUAAAUGUACAUACUGAAACAACUUCUAAUCCCUUCUUCUGAUCUCCAUGCCCUACAAGUUCUGUAAUAGUUCCACUGAGACAAAGCCACUUCAAAACACAACAGUCCACCUGAAAAUACAAAUGUCCAUUUGACUCAGUCCAAGCCUUCGUAACAACGCUUUCGUAUCAUUGCACAGAAACCAAUUGUUUUGGGGGCAUAGAAAGAAGGAAACAUCCGUUUUAAGUUCAAACAUAAACAUCCAAGUAAUUCUGGACUGAGCUGUUCUGCAAAGCUGUCAUCCCCUCACAGUUCCAGAAAGCACUAAACCGAAGGUGCGAGAGAGACCCCGCGCUGUCUGACAGCUCAGCGGCUCGUGCCAAACUAGAUGUGGAGGAAGCCAGGUUCAGACGCGGUGGGAUUGGCAGUCACUUGAAGUGAACGUGUCAUUUCCUCCCCCAGGGCCGCCUCCACAGGUCUCCAUCCCCUGGCAGGGCUCGGGUUACAGGAAGUCACGUCUCCACUGGUCGCCAGGCUGGACUAACACACAGCAGCAGCCGUCAACACUAACUACUCAGGCCAGCCUCAAUCAGCCUCCAACAAGGAGAGAGAGACACUUUCAAUUAGCCUCAAACCAAGCUGUGCUGGUCGGGGCAAAGCACAGACACUAAAAUCCAGCAUGACCGACAUGGUGGGAACAAACUAAGGCUAAUUCCACAUACUGACCUAAUCAUGGCAUCUUCA